AGACAGGCGUACGAUCGCAUGAUCAGCGUGCACUUAGCCGAUUUAUUGAAAUGGUGCGCCUUCACGUUUUAUGAAACAUUGCGGAAAGUGUUGGAUGUCUCCUUUUUUUCUCAAGGCCAGCCAGUUUGGUAAACGUGCGCGCUUUCCGCGAUCAACUCGUUAACGUAACUAUGUUUCUACAUCCCUGUGAUAGCUGCUUGGUGGACCUCGUGCACAGCCAUGUCGAAAUGCGGACGACAUGAAGAGCGCCCGAUUAUUUAUUGUACGUAUUUGUACUUAAAGAAACAGCCGGAUUUCGUACACAUCUGCGAGCAUGGAGGAUCCAGAAAUCCUUACGAUAGAAUGGGAAAUGAUGGACAAAUCCCGAUUCUUCAUGUUCAGUAUGAUCAACUCGUUCACCUUGCGUUGCCUGGUGUACCCUCUGACGGUCAUCAAAACGCGACUGCAAGUCCAAAAGCCGGGAAAGCUUUAUACUGGUACGUUUGACGCCUGCUCGAAGAUUCUGCGCUACGAAGGCUUCGGAGGUUUGUACAGAGGCUUUUGGAUUAACACGAUACAGAUGUUCUCUGGCAUCGGCUAUAUCUUCACGUACGAAAAAGUACGGGACAUGGUUUCUCGACACGCCGACAUACACGACCGACGUUUAAAGGGACUUAUAGCUGGUGGCUGCAGUUCUCUCGUGAGUCAAACUAUCAUCACACCCUUUGACGUUGUCUCCCAACACAUGAUGGUUUUGGGCCGGUCGAGCAAAAGCGGCGGUACGGUCAUGAACCCGCUCAACAUCAGCGUCGACCUGAAGAGGAAGCACCUCAUUUCUGCGGCCAUUGUGCGCGAAUUGUACCGGAGAGAUGGCAUCAGAGGCUUUUACCGAGGCUACUUCGCAUCGCUACUGGCUUACGUGCCCGGCAGUGCGCUGUGGUGGAUGUUCUAUCCGGCCUACGCCGACGGGCUGCGGCGCGUGCUGCCCGGCUGGACGCCUCAGAUGUUAGUUCAGUGCAUGGCAGGACCCUUGAGUGGUAUCACCGUAUGCUUCAUCACCAACCCGAUGGACGUGGUGCGAGCCCGCAUCCAAGUGCAGCGCAUGAAUUCGGUCACGCAGACCUUUUGGCAGCUCUGGACGGAAGAACGCUUGCGCAUGUUCCAGAUAGGCCUGUCGGCUCGCGUAAUGCAGAGUGUAAUCAGCUCAUUUCUGCUUGCCCUGGGCUACGAGACGCUCAAACGGUGGAGCGUACAUGAUGAAUACAAGGACAAGAUUCGGUGGUAGUUCACCGCAAGCUUGUCAUAACUUCCCCCUAUAAAGGACUCCUUGCAAAUUCCUGAGCGCUGACUUAUUUCUAUAAAGAAUGAUAGAGCAAACAAAACAGAGCUUAUUUAUGGAGUGCUUUAGUCGCUCAUGUCAUGCCUGACCACGUUGUGGUGGCAGACAAGCAUUACAUGCUUUAAGUGUACUAAGUUUGUUCUUUAACUUAGCCCAAUUUCAGUUUGCUGCUGAAGUGAGUGAGCCGUUUUUAUGAAGAGUACGUUGAACAGUACCCAUCUAAGUAUUUUCUCCUAUGUUAGAUGGAAACUGUGCCCCCCCCCCUUUCUUUUUGUUUAAUAUCAACCAUUUUUUUCCAUGCAGUCAUGAUUUUAUCUGCCAAACAGGCCAGACAUUGAACAGUGCAGCACAUUGCCACACCCAUAUGUCAUAAGUAAAAAUUUUCAUUAACAUGAAUUUAAAUGUGUAAAUUUCUAGUCUAUAGGUUCAUAAGAGCAUUCAUAGUUUUUAUGUGCUAGUCAUUUUCAGAUAUGCAGCCAUGAAAUGGAAUGCUCAAGAAAAUGAUAGCCAAAAGGGCAUCUGACAUAUGUGUACCCUGCAGAUUUUUCGUUAUCUCCUUGCGGCUUAGUACACUUUUAAGUAACCAGACAGUAACAUGUUUUCACAUGUGUUUUUAUAUUUUCAUGCUGGAAGCGAUAUAAACUUGGUGUAAUAUUGUGACACUCAUCAGGUAUGAAAUUGUAGUGCAUAUCAUUGAUGAGGCCAGCUUAAGUAGAUGUAAUUAACAAGCAAAGAAAAAAUGAAGUGGAAUAGCUAAUCAAAACAGUCAAGACAUUUUUCAGGUAGUUUGCUGCAUUUUAAAUUUGUAAGGAUGCAGCAGUUAAGGUAUUGUGAAGCAUAAAACAGAAUUGGCUUUUACAUCAAUAAAUACUUUAUUACAAAAGAAUUAAAGCAAUGUGUACUAAAAGUAUAAAAUUCUGUGCAAAUGUGAACUGCAGCAUUAAAAAGGCUGCAGGAGUUUCACUGCACAGUUCAACGCAGUGACAGAAGCUCUUUGUUUGCAAUGUUUACUAUUGUGUUGAAGUCAACGUCCAGGAAGGCUCUCCAAAAUCGACGCACUCUUCCCCACACUUGUGCUGGAAAACAUGGGCUCCCAAUGCCAUGAAAUAUACGUGCCACCGCUCGACCGUUGAACGAGUGGUCCCUGUGUUGCAUCACAAGGUUUCGAAUUUCUUGUCGAAGGUGGUUUAGGCACUGCUCCUGUUGGAAAGGGAAGGGGAAAGUGCUAAAAUAGUGUGCCUGAUGCUGAACUUUAUUCAAGGCUGCAGUGAUGUGAUACUCCAACUCUAGAACCAUAGUGUACCACAGUGUUUCAUGGUAGCUUUUGGAUACACUGUUUUCUUCUUUCAUAUUCUUGUUCACUCAUAAUGUGUUGCUGUAGGCUGACUCGCACACUGCAAACUAGCACAAACCUGUACAAGUACUGUGUUUCACAAUAUGGCACUGGAGUGGAAGCUUUGAAGUCUGAUCACCUGAUUAAGAGUGAGCAGAU